AGCGCCGCCGUCUCCAAGCUCCUGAUCGCUUCCUCUCUCUUUUUCCCACUCGUCAACAACAGGCUCAAACUCUGCCCCAAGAGAGGACCAACGAACUUUCUCAGCUAGUGCGCAAUCCACAACCGCCGAGAUGGCCAUUGGCGAUGUAUCGCUGAGCUACCUGCUCUUCUUGCUUCUGCACUUUUCUCAGUUCGUACUCGCAGUCACAGUCUGCGCUCUUUACGGUAUCGACCUCGACCGCGCCCGGAAGGCCAACGUUGCCGCGGAUGGGAAAUGGAUCUACGCCGAGGUCGUCGGCGGUCUCUCCGCCCUGACGGCCAUCCUCUACUGCGUGCCUUUUAUCCUCCGUUUUGCGGUGGUGUGGGUCUGGAACCUGAUCCUCUUCAUUCUUUGGAUCGCGCUCUUUGGCAUUGUCGGCAAGAUGUACAUCCACGAAGACCCUGAAGGAAACGGUGACCUCCAGCGGAUGAAAAAUGCCGUCUGGGUGGUUCUGGCGAGUGCUAUUCUGUGGCUCAUUGGUGUCCUCGCGCACUUUAUUUACUGGUGGGGUCACCGGGAGCGCAGGAGUCGCUUUACCAGCCGUGCAAAGGUGUAGGUGCGCCGGCAGGGAAAUAUACCACGGAGACAGCAGGUUGGACGAAUACCCCGGCAAGCGCUCGUUAUUUGGUAACAGAGGGAGGAGGCUUUUCAGGGGCGAUGAUAUCAUGACACUUGAUGCGGUGCAUUCUAAUACCCCUAUAAUUAUUGUAAUACCCAUGCGUUGUAUGCAACUUAAUAUGGCUUGUCUUCAUGGCCAUCUAUUGAUUCCCAACAUACUUUUACAGUAUCGCAACGUCAAAACAGCUUCAUAAACGCA